GAAGACGCUAUUAAAUGUUUCCUGGUGCGUCAUCGACGGGCUUUUGUAAGUAUUAUCAAACUUUAUAAAUUACUAAGCUUAUACAGUUCAGCUGUUUUUUUUGUUUUCUUCAUUCUCUUCUUAUAUAUGGGAAUUUUGUUUUUAAUCAAGCUUACAAGUUAAGCUUAAUGUUAGCCAGCCAGAAGAACCUUUCAACAGGUCUGAUGUAUUCUUGCUCUAGAUAAUUUACCGGAAUAUGUAUUUUUUUCCCUCGUUAUAAACUUUAACUCAUCAUAAUCUCUUUUAAGUUAAGCUCAUGUCCAUCUACCCAGCUUGCAAUGUUAUUAGCUGACAAUCUGCACACUUUACAGCUGUGCAGAGUAUAUCCUUUGCUCUCCCAGUGAACGAGUAAAAACAACGUACAAGGUCUUUCAAAUUUCCUGUAAUAUGUUUUUAUAUUAUUUUUAUUUUAAAGCACUGAUCUGAACUAUUUUAUCAUUAAUAUGAUUUCAAUCUCAGAUCAUGCACCGCUCAGCAAAGGCCUUCUUGUAUUAACUGGUACUGCCUCUUUAUUCAACAUCCUCUUAUCAUCAUCAACAAGACACUUCUUCCCUAACACUCAAUGGAUUCAGGUUGUCAGGAACUCAAAGGUAAUGCAAACACUUUGUUAGAAUCCAUCAGUUUUACCACCACAGGUGUGCAGAGUGCAAAGAAAUUCAGUUUUACAGCUUGCCAUUGGGGCAAGCUGUAGCUAGUAUCUACUAGCCCAAAAGUCAUUUCAACUAGCCCCAAAAACGUUUUGAUGAGAGGGAAUAAAAAAUGCCCUCUAUUUGAGUGUCAAUGUAUUUAGCACGAAAGUACCAAUUGGCGACACUAUAUUUACAUCUCCCACUGGAGACGGGACUGCCAUUUUAUGUUGUCAUCUGAGCCACGCAAAGGUCUGGCCAUUUGCAGGACAAAGGAAGUAACUUCGUUACUUUAGGAUUGAUUACACAGUUCUUCUGUUAUUUGAAUUCCUCAAAAAAAUUCAUUGGCCUGAUAGCAAAAUCCACCAACCCCAGGCUAUAUUGGACACUAUUUGCAUUGCAUGUAGGGAUAGGUGUUCAACCCUUAAAAUCCGAAGAGUGAUCAACAUCAACUUUCUCUUAACAACAGAAUAACUUUCAUAAUCAAAGGAAAACGUUAUGACAAUUAUAAAAAUUAUCAUCAUUGAGAAAAUUCUUUGAUCCUUCAACAGAUUCUCAUAACUAAUCCUAAAUUCGGGCACUAACGUAACUGGAUAGGCACUAGUCUGCUAUAUGGAAGGCCCCAGCCAGACAAGCACUCAAGGUCUUAGAAUAACUGAGGAGAAAGUGCUGUCUUCGCAAAGACAUGUGCAAACCAUUCGACUUUCUAGUCUUCUUGGAUGAGGACAAUAAAUCGUAGGCUGAGUGUCACAACCCUUCAACAUUAUAAAUUCUGUGGGACAGUAAAGAACCCAGACACUGUUCUUAAAGAGAAGGGGAAGUGGCCCGAGUGUGAUGGUCUAUCUCUCAUGGGGGACUGUUACAGGCCUACACUAAUUGGUGCCACGCAACGCAUCAUUGGGGUGACAUUGCCAAGAAUUAGCAAACCCUAAAUAAAUAGAUAAAUGAGUGAAUGACAAAAUAAGUCUGGAGAAUUUGUAUGUGGAUAGAAGGGCUUAUGGGGUAAAUAUGCUGGGUACAUAUUCCCUGUUGUAAUUAUAAUUAUUGUGCAGUCUUAAAAUGAUUAAAAACCCAACCAAUAGACCUUUGUCACAGGGUGGCCAUUUUGUCUCAGGAGAUUUAAAAAGCUUUGUUUAUGCACGGCUAGCCUCGUUCUCUCUACGUGGCUAGUAGUGCAUAAACAAAGCUUUUUAAAUCUCUUGAGACAAAAUGGCCGCCCCAUGACAAAGGUCUAUGAUGAAGUAGCCUUUUCAUAAUAUGAGAAGUGUCAAGGAACUUUUAUGACUUUGGGUGAAAUCCUAUGGUAUAACUGUUCAUUCAGGUGAAUCCUCUCAAAAAGCUUUUUUUGUCCAGUUAAACAUUUACUUGAAUAUUAAUGUUUACUUUAGUGUACAUGUACACAGAAAUUUAUGCUAAUUAUGCAUAUAUUGUUUUCAUUUAUUCAACAGUUCUGGCAAGUUUUAUCAUCCAGUUUUUAUUACUCAAGCACUAGAAACUUGAUAUGCGGUUCAUUUCUUCUUUAUACUUUCCGGAUAUUUGAGCGAAGAUUUGGAUCUAGAAAAUAUGCAGUAAGUAAUUCAAUGAAAUUUUCCAUUUUGCAGUAGUGGGAGCUUCCUUCUUAUGAAACCUCAAACAGUGAAAUAACUUUAAAAAUUCACUUUGUUUUCUCUGUUUUUUCCUAGUCUUAUAUCUUUGGUACCACCGUUAUAGCCAUUGGGCUCCAGCUGACAACAAUUGCUGCUCUUAAACACUUUGGACAUGAAGUGGGUCUUCCUCCUCCAGGACUGUAUCUUUUGAAUCUUGAUAAAUUAUAAUUUUAAAAGAAAUAACGGUCAGUGAAAUUAAAUUAGUCCCUGAUUUAAAUGGAUAAAAUGAAGGGCAGAUUGCAAUGGAUUAAGUUGAGAAACCUUUAAUUUUUAUUAUAACGAAGGCCUAAGGGACUGGCAAAAUUUGUUUGGUAUACAGAGGGAAUUCAUUAUAUCGAGGUUAUUGUUCAUAUAUUGUUACUAUUUCUGGGGCUGAGUACAUUGUUCGUUAUACCGGGGACUUUUUUAUUAUAGAGGUUUGUUUUAUUGAGGUUCCACUGUACUUGACUUCAUUUAUCAAAAAUAAUAAGUAUUUCAUUGUUUUGUCACUAUAAAGGUGAUAAACUCCCUAAUUGUCUGCUUACUUGGAUUUCGAAAGCCUCUAAAAAUAGUUAUACAGUUAACCAGUGAAGGAUUGAGUUUCCUUACAUUCAUCUUUUAUGAAAAGGUUCGGGAUGGUCUAUGCAACUCUUGUGCAAUAUUUCUGUGAUAUUCCAGCAUCAGAUGCAGUGACAUUUCUUGGCAUGCCAAUCUCUGGAAAAAUACUUAUUUAUUCCAUGGCACUACAGGUAAUACAAACUGAUUGUAAGGGGAUUUUUCUCAAGAUUCUUUCAUGCAACAAUAUAUUGAUAAAAGUCAAAGCUCUCUUGCUGACAAUCUCUUAACUCGUAGACAGCUCUACUUAUGGCCUCUUUAAGAAGAACACUGUUUGAACUAACUCUACUUACAAGACGUUUACUAGUCGCUAGUUGUAUGCUCUAUCCUUCAUCCUGGUGUUGGUUUAUUAGAGGGUUUGACUUUAGCUCAUAACUAGCAUAGUUAGGCUAAAUUCCCUUCGGUUUUGUUACAUGGGAAUUUUGUGCAUGAAAAGUCCAUUUUUUUCCCAGGGGAGUAAUUUUGUUCCUUUUUUAUUGUUGUUGUACAAGGUUAUAUUAUGCCAGCCAAAUCUGCAAUAUAAUAUCCUCAAAAACUCCAAUCCAAGUAGUGUAGUCUGGCCCCUUGUUCAUAGGCUGCAGAAAAAUAAGUUUUGACAGUUCUCAAAUACCUUUCUUUUUCCCUUUUUAUCUAAUAGAUGUUGUUAACAAAUAAAGAAUCACUUUUAGCUGGUAUUUGUGGAAUGGUGAGUGAAUUAAGUUAAUUUUAAAACUAACAUAGGCAAAGCCUGGGACACUCUUAUGCAUUCCAACUGGUGAUUAGAUUUAAAACACUUCUCUCAGUUUUUCCUAAAGAAUUGAUAUCUUUAGUUCCUCACAAAAAUCUGUGAAAUAUAGAGUGCAAUAAAGGGGUAGACAACCCUUGCUUUUUUUUUAACAGUUAAUGUGGUUUCUUUCUCAUAAAAAGGGUAUGACAAUUCUAAAAAUUAUCACCAAAGAGAAAAUUCUUUGAUCCUUUAUCAAAUUCUUAUAGCUAAUCCUAAGCUGCCGAGCAGGAGCCUGCUGGUUCAAACCCUAGACGGACCAACACUCAGGGUGUUUGAAUAACUGAGGAGAAAGUGCUGCCUUUGUAAAGACAUCUACAAACCAUUAGACUUUCUAGUCUUCUUGGAUAUGUACGAUAAACCCUAGACCCAGUCUCGCAAGCCUUGAACAAAUAACCAUUCUUAAUGAGUAGGGGAUGAAGUCCUCAGUGUGGUGGUCUAUCUCUCUUAGGGGAAGGGACUAAUAAUUUAACUGGAUACCUUCAAAUCUUUCACUUCACAGAAAAUGUCAUUCUCUUAACCAGGCACAGGGUGUCCGCUGAAAAUGGUGUAUGCUUUUUAAAAAAGGGAAAAUAAAAAUAAGGCAAACCUGUAAGUUUUACUUUUUUUUAAUUGUAGGUGGCAGGGAUAAUCUAUAGGUUUAACUUGUUCCAUGUUCAGCGAUGGCUUAAGCUACCAGAAUUUAUGACAGGUGCUGUCUCUAGAACUUUUGGCAACUUGUUUGCCUCUCAAGGGCCUACUUCUCAGCCAUACGCCAUGGGUGCAACAAUAGAAAUCCAGCGUCAACAGCAGAUGGAGCACUAUGAACAACAGGCUCUGAGAGUGGCAAGGAUGGGAAGUCUAAGAAACAGGGUAUUGCUUAAGAAACUCCAUAUACUGCAAAUAAUAUUUUUACAGUCAACCCCCGCUUUAUGGACACCCACUUCAGGGCUCAAAAUUGCGACUGAUACGGUCGCCAAUGCGACUAACAUUUUAUCCUUGGCGACUAAAAAUUCUAGUUUAGUCGCCAAAGUGGCGACCAGAUUCCUCUAUGAUUUAGAUUUACGUUAAAAGAGUAAACCUGCUUUGUUUUCAUCAUAAAAAAUGUGUCAAAUCGGAUAAACAGAACAGUGACCAGUUUACCUCCAAAUUUAUACUGACUUCUAUCCACGAUAUUUUCAAAUCUGAUGGAUCGUACCAUACUAUGCAGGGCUUCUGAUAGGUCACGGAAAAAAAGUCCAAUUUCGCGGGUUUUUUCGGGGCAAAUUCGCCGAAAAAUCAACCGAUUUCGCAGGAAUUUUCGGGGCAAACUCAGCUGAAAAUCAAUCGGUCAAAAAAGGCCGAUUUUGUGGUUAUUUCAGGGAAAACUUCGUUAGAGAUUGAUCGGUUUUGCGCUGACCAGACCAGUGUUUUUAAUGUUUUUCUAACAGAGGUCAUCAUUUGCUCUUUCAACAACAAUACGCUCCAGAACUGAACCAAUGGCAAGGCCUUUAACAUCAUGGCUAGUGCCCAGUUUUUCGCAACAUAAUUUACGCCUGGUAGUUUCGGAGUUUCGGGACGUUGCUUGCACGUUUCAGUGACAAAGUUUCGAGAUAAAUUUACAAGUUUACGGCAAGUAAAUAGCCGCAAUAGCUGAGAAAAGUUUCAAAUACGUUGUACAGACAUGUAUUUGAAAAGAUUUGUACCGAAUUUCGGGGUAUUUUGUGUGUUUUUGUGAAUUUCGCGGUUCUGUGACGGCGCGAAAUAUCAAAAGCCUUGACUAUGAGUUGCGUCAUUUACAUUAUACAAACUGGCGACUAAAAAUUUGCAACUGGUAACUAUAUUUCUCCAGUUGGUCGCCAAAAGGCGACCUGAGGAUUUUUCUAAUUUCGAGCCCUGCACUUAACCCUUUAAGUGCCUAUAGUGACCAAAAACAAUUUUCUCCUAAUAGUAUCCAUACAUUGUCAAGAGAUAAAGUUAUGAGAAUUAAUAAAAUGAUCACCAAAGAGAAAAUGCCAUGAUCUUUUAUCAAAUUCUCUAAACUAAUUCUGAAGAAAAUCUAUGAAGAUCAGUUUGGAGAAUUUGUAUGUUGAUAUUGGGGCUUAAUGGGUUAAUACACACACAGACACCUCAUUAUUACGGACAGUUUGCUUUGUUCCUGGGGAAAGAAAGCCCUUAAGUUUUCUCUAAAUUGAACCUGCUUAAUACAGACACCCCAUUAAUAGGGCUGAGAAUAUUGUUCAUUAUAGGCCUGUCAGUGUCCAUAUUAAUGGGAUUUGACUGUAUUUAUGUUAUUUAAUUUAAAAAUAUUUUAAUUUCUAAUCCUCUCAUCCCAAGAGUUUUAAAAAUAUUUAAAAAAUGUUGGUCUAUCGUUAUUUGAAUUGCACAGAACAUUUUUUUGAAAUAUUUUUAUCCAGCUCUAACCACAACCUAGACAUGAUUUUGGAAGUUUUCACAGCCAACUCCAUUGCCAUGCUAUUAAUUUCAGUAUUUGUCAUUCUUUUACUCCUGCUGGUUACUAUGUUUUUUUUUUAACUCAUGAGAGCGAAAAGCUUGCCAUAAUAGGGGUAGGGCCAAAUGAAACAUAAGCAACAAGGCCCACAUGUUCAGAUCACCAGAGCUUAUCCAAGUUUCUGUAGUAUGAAGAACCAAGAGGUAUUGAUUGGUUCCUCCCCCUGGAUGGCAUGCUAGUCCAUUGUAACCACACCUAUUCAUUCAUACCCUUGGGUGAAAAGAGACACAGCAAGUAUCUGGUCUGAAGAAAUUGCAACCACAAGGCUGAACCAGGCACUAUAUAUUCAAGUGUUAACUGCCCAGCCACCAGACGUCCUUCCAUAUCAGAAAUUAAGCGAAAUUCCUCAAUAAAACAAGACAUCUUUCCUGAGGUACUGUUAGGCUAAAUUUCAAAACAAAUGAGCAGGGGUCAUGUAGACCAUCUGAGGGGUCACCAAGAACAAGUGCAAAUUUUUUUCGUUUUAUUAUUAUUUAUUUUAACUUAACACUUAUAUGUCAUCUGUUGGGUCUGGAAGCCUUCUUUCUCGGGUCAUUGACCAGAAACCUGCCUCUUAUCAGGAAAACUGAGAAAGGGCGACAAACAACACAAAGAUGAGUUGAAACUGAGACAGUGACAGAGAAAAAGUGCAAAAUAAUACAACAUUUGUAAAAUACCAAUAGCAACAUGGCUUCCUCCUCAAUACAGUGGAACCUCUAUAUAACAAAGUCCUUGGCAUAACGAACAAUAAUAAUUAUUUUCUUUACCCCAGUUAUAGUAAAAUAUAUGAAAAAGAACCUCCAUAUAACGAAACCUCGUUAUAGCGAACAGGUUUUGCCAGUCCCUUGGCCCUUCAUUAUAUCGAGGUUCCACUGUACACGUAAAAAAGGUUGUUUUUGAAAUUCAGGCGAGGGACAUACCUAACCCCCCCUAAGAGGACCUCAUAUUUAUUCAUGUUGUGCAUUUUCCCUGAAGGGUCCAGCAGCGCGCAUGGGACAGGGAUAUGCAGAUGUCUUGGUUCCUCCUGCGGCUGGAGGAUGGUUGUGGGGGGGAGCAGCCCCUAAUCACCCGGCAGCACCACUGAAUGAUUGGCAGCUUGAUCGGCACACAGACGAGGAUAAUGCAAACCUUCCUCAGCAGCCUGCAGGGGAAGUUUCUGAGGAGCAGGUAUGGGAAUGAAACCCCGUCGAGUGAGAUUCACUGAGAAUGACUGCAAGUGCUUACUGUUCUUGAGUUACUGUGAUACAGGGGUCAAUUCAGUAAAACUUCUACGACUCUAAUUUACAAGACAAUGUAGCUAUUGUUUUCAGACUCUAAAACAAUGACCACAAUAAAAUGGUAAAUUAAACUUGUAAAAGUUUUCAAUUGUUAAAUUGACCCAGUUCACAUUGAUGAGCAAUAAUAUUGCAACUCAGGCCGCAGCAGAAAAAUGCUUACAAUGGAUGCAGCCAACUGUGCAUUUAAUCAUUGCAAUAACAUGCUUGUGGUGUUGGUUCAAGAGUUCUAUGCAUUUGUCAGUCAGUCUCUGUGCUGUUGAUUUCUCUUGGUUUGUCAGUGAUAAUGUGCUUUGUGAUAACAGUCAACUGUCUCUUAACAGACAGCUCUAUAGGACGGACACCUCUGUGAAAUGGCCACCUAGAUUUGGUCCCUCUCUUUAUUUACUGACUCUAUAAGAUGGACACUUUGUGUCAAUCCCAAAGGUGUCCAUCUUAUAGCUUCUGGGCAAGCUCUCCGGGGCACUCUGGCAGAGGGGCAAGAAAUAGAAGGAGAGCUUGCAACUUUAUCUCUGGAAUUUUGAAUUCUACCUCCAAUUCCCCUGUGGCUCUGCAUUGACUGAGCUGUCAGAUUUCCGCCAAUCAGCACGAAGCAGCAAAAAACUAAUGUAGACAAACAUUGAAAAUCAUGUGCCAAGCAUAGUCAUGUCAUUACUAAUUAAUUUAUAAAUGUCAUCUCCUCCAAUCAGCAUUUCACAUCAACUUUUUCAAUGCAGAUAUUCAAAUUCUAGAUAUAUAGUUGCAAGCUCUCCUUCCCUUUCCUGCCCCGCUGCCAGAGUGCACCAAAGAGCUUGCUCACAGGCUAUCCAUCUUCAAGAGUUGACUAUACAGACAAUCAUUGUGACAGAACUGCAUUGAUAACACGUGGGUGUACUGUAUUUCAGGUUCAAACACUUGUAGAGAUGGGUUUCUCUAGACUAGCUGUACUCCAUGCUCUUGCGACAAGCAAUAAUGAUAUCACCAUGGCAACAAACAUCUUACUCUCGCAGUCAUAGACCCUGAUGAAUCACAAUUUUGUGCUUGCAGUCUUCAGAGCAGUAGUUCCCUGAGCGUUGUAAAUAAAUAACCAUUAUAUUUUCAACCUUGUAAAAUUUAGAUUUUUAGAGGCUUCAAAAAUUUUGUGCAUGUUAUCUGUAGAAAAAAAGAAUUUUAUGUUAUUUAUGUAUGAUUUUUUUCAAUGUAAUUGUACUUAUUGAGCAGCCAAACAAAAACUUAUUGGCAGAGCUAAACUGUACAUGUAUAAUAAGUUGUUAAUAGUUUUGAUGCUAGUAACUUGCAAAAAAUUAUUAUCAGAAAUUUGCGAGUUGUGUAAGGUCAACAUGAGAAAACAUUUGACAUGACAUCUUGCAGUUACCAAGAGGAUGAAAAUUAAAGAUAAGCAUUAAAUGAUAAAACUAAAAUAUAUGCAUGGUACUGUUGAACCCCUGUUAACAUAUAGCGGCCAUCCUUUAUUUAGCAGCCCGUUACCAGAUCGGAGAGUGUCAAUGUAAUGAAACUAAAUCAGCAAGUGGAAGACUCAAAACUGUAAGAGUCUGUCUGAUUACCAAGAAUAGGCCUUAAACUUUCUGUAAACACGAAAAUAAUAUUCACUUUUGCAAAAUUUUGUUAGCAGGAACUGAAAGAGCAUAUUAAAAUAACCUGUAAAUUAUGAGCCCUGUAUCUCAAAAGUAGCGAUUUCAACAGCUGCUGAAAAUUAUAAGGAUUUGUAUGAGA